GCUGAGUUCCCCAGAUCAGAACUGGAGAGGAUGUUCCGGGAUCCCUGCCCAGCUCGCGGAGGAAGCACCUGCCUCCCCCGAGCCUUCCCCUAACCGGAGCGGAGAUUUCCUCCGCCCCUCCUGCCGGCCUUUGGAGGAAAGUGAAAGUGAAAGGGGGAAGAGGCGGCUUCGGAGCUGAGAAGAUCGCGGCGCCAUGAAGCCCCUGUCCCUGCUCCUCGCUGUGGCUCUGGGCACGGCGACCGCCGUCUCGGCGGGACCCGCAGUGAUAGAGUGCUGGUUCGUGGAGGAUGCGGGCGGGGGCCGGUUGUCCAAGAAACCCGCUGCACUGCUGCUGCGCCAGAGCCCGGAGAGCCCACCUCCCCGGCCGGACCUCGACCCAGAGCGCUACCUCAAAGUGCAUGACCCCGCGGGCACCCUCCUGGCCGCCUUCAGGCGAUACCCGCGGGACGCCCCCGCGCCGCGCUGCGAAAUGAGCCACUACGUCCCGUUUCCUGCCUCGGAGAACUGGGUCAGCGGCUUGACCCCGGAGCAGAGCUGCCCGCGGGCCCUGGAUGGGAGUUGGCUCAUGGUCAGCAUGUCCAGCCCGGUCCUCAGCCUUUCCAGCCUCCUUCGACCACAGUCCGAGCCUCAGCCGGAGCCGGCUCUCAUCACCAUGGCAACAGCUGUGCUGACUGUCCUCACUCACACCCCCACCCCUCGCAUCCGAAUGGGACAAGAUGCCUUGCUGGACUUGAGCUUUGCCUACACGCCCCCCUCCCCCAAGGCUGCUACCUCUCUGGCCCCAGGUCCCCCUCCCUUUGGGCUGGAAUGGCGACGCCAGCACCUGGGUAAGGGGCACCUGAUGCUGGCUGCGACUCCUGGGCUGAGUGGGCAAAUGCCAGUUGCCCGAGAGGGGGCGGUGGCAUUUGCUGCUUGGGAUGAUGAUGAGCCCCUGGGGCCAUGGACUGGAAAUGGGACCUUCUGGCUGCCUGCAGUGCAGCCCUUCCAGGAGGGCACCUAUCUGGCUACUGUACACCUGCCAUACCUACAAGGACAGACCACCCUGCAGCUUGCUGUACAGAAGCCCCCCAAGGUGACCCUGACACCAGCACCUCUUAUAUGGGCCGCCCCCAGGGAGGCGCCCCCGGAGCUGCUCUGCCUCGUAUCCCACUUCUACCCCUCUGAGGGCCUGGAGGUGGAGUGGGAGCUCUGGGGUGGCCCAGAGGGUCGCUUUCAGAAGGCCAAGGGGCAGAGGUGGCUCUCCGCCCUGAGCCAUCACUCAGAUGGCUCCGUGAGCCUCUCUGCACACCUGCAGCCACCCCCGGUCACCACCGGGCAGCAUGGGGCACGCUAUGCCUGUCGUGUCCACCACCCCAGCCUGCCUGCCUUGGGACGCAGCGCCAAGGUCACCCUGCAGGUAGCUGGUCUCUCUGGCCCCUCUCUGGAGGAUGGCGUAGGCCUCUUCCUGUCUGCCUUUCUCCUCCUUGGGCUCAUCAACGUGCUGGGCUGGGCCGCUGCCUACCUGGCAACUUCCAAGGAUUCAGUGGAAAAGAAAACACAGUGAGGCCAACUCACCACCAUCCUGGGGAAGCCACCAUCAUCUCUGGUCUGAGCCACUGUAGUAACUCCCCCAAAUUGUAUACCCUUGGUUCCUGCCCCCUCCAGUCUCUCUCCAGUGAGCAGCUGCUUUCUGAAAAGAUACAAGACAUUCACCUUCUUAGGGGUCUAGAGCAGCGGUUCUCAAAAUUUUUGUUCUCAGGACUUCUUAAAAAUUAUCAAGGACCCUACAGCGCUUUUGCUUAUGUGGGUUGUAAACUAUAGAUAUUUAUAGAACUUAAAACUGAGAACAAUUUAAUACACAGGAAGACACAAGCACACGUUCCAUUAGCUGUGGGGACGAUGUCAAUACACGUCAUGUAGCUUCAGGAAAACACUGUACGUAUUUUUUUUUUUUCCCCGUACGCGGGCCUCUCACUGCUGUGGCCUCUCCCGCUGCGGAGCACAGGCUCCGGACGCGCAGGCCCAGCUGCCAUGGCUCACGGGCCCAGCCACUCCGCGGCACGCGGGAUCCUCCCGGACCGGGGCACGAACCCGUGUCCUCUGCAUCGGCAGGCAGACUCUGAACCACUGCGCCACCAGGGAAGCCCCACUGUACGUUUUUUAGAGAAUGAGAAUGAAAAGGCCAAUAACAGUUUGGGAUUGUUAUGAAAAUAGCCUAAACUUCGCAUACCCCCUGAAAUAGUCUCAGGGACCUCUGGGACAGAAACGGGUGCUCUAGAGGCAAAAUCCAUUCUUCUUGUCCUGGCUUGUGUAUCCCUGCACUCCAGCCACUGCUUACCUCUUCGAUCCCGCCUCGUGUUCUCUCCGGCCCUCUUCUCAGUGCUCAUCACACCUACGACUGAUCCUUUUCUUCAAUAGCCUCCCACCCUCCCUGGGUCCCAGAGCGCUGUUCCCUCUGCCUGGUCCACCCUCGGCCUUCCUGGGCUCCAGACCAGGUCAGCCUUGUCAUUCCCUCAGUUCGCCGCGUAUCCCUCUUGCGCGGUUCACCACGGUUGUAUUUAAGUGAUUGUGCGAGUCGUUGUUAAAUGCUUGUCUCCCUGCCCGGACUGUCGGCUCCUCGAAGGCGAGGAUGAGCCUGUCCGUCCCUUGGUGUAUCCCCCGCGCCGGCACAGGGCCUGGCGCCCGCUGGAGUGCGCUCAGUAUAAGAAGUUAGUCUUUUUGCGUCCUAAGCAUUCAAAAGCAGGUGUUGGAUCAAAUAACUAUUGGAGGAAGGAAGCAGCGGCUCGGCUUAGGGACCUCCGAAGGUCAGGACGGUCGGCCAGACCGACGCGGGGAGCGGGUCUAAUCGUAUGGAAAUAAACUUGUUCAGUGCUUCCAA